AUGGUGACGGACUUCGAGAUGUUGCGCACGUUCAACUGCGGCGUGGGGCUGGUGGUGAUCGCGGAGCCGCUGUACGCCGCCGAGCUGCUGCAGCUGUGCCCCGACCUCGCGCUCGUCGGCGCCGUCGAGGCCAUCGGCAAGGAAGGAGGUCAUCAAGUGGUGGUGGAAAACUUUAAAGAAGCGAUGCGGCCGCUAGUGGAGCCGUAUUUGGUGGGCGGCAAAGAUGUGCCACAGAAAUCACUCUCGUACAAGGACAGCGGUGUCGAUAUAGAAGCGGGAGAUUCUCUAGUGUCACUCAUCAAACCACUGGCUAGGUCUACAUCACGAUCAGGUGUUUUGGGCGGAUUAGGAGGUUUCGGUGGAUGCUUCCAGCUCAAAGCUAUCGAGCAUGACUACAAAGACCCGGUGUUAGUGAUGGCGGCUGACGGCGUGGGCACUAAACUGAAGAUAGCUCAGAAGAUCAACCAGCACACCACUAUAGGCGUGGACCUGGUGGCGAUGUGCAUCAACGACAUACUGUGCAACGGCGCGGCGCCGCUCACGUUCCUCGAUUACUUCGCGUGCGGCGCGCUAGAUGUCACUGUCGCUAGGAACGUGGUCGCCGGAGUAGCGGAGGGAUGUCGACAGGCCACCGCUGCCCUUAUAGGUGGAGAGACGGCUGAAAUGCCGGGCAUGUAUGAACCUGGCACUUAUGACAUCGCCGGAUUCGCUCUUGGCGUCGUCGAGAGGACUAAUGUGCUACCUAAAAUCAAUGAUAUCACCGUUGGCGAUAUUAUUAUUGGACUUCCAUCGAACGGUGUACACAGCAACGGUUUCAGUUUAAUUCAUAAACUUAUGAGGAAGACUGGCAUCCAACUACAAGAUAAAGCACCGUUUAGCAAAGAGGGACUCACUUUAGGCGAGGAGCUGCUGAAGCCGACGCGCAUAUACGUGCGCGCCGUGCUGCCCGCCAUCGAGUGCGGGCGCGUGAAGGCGGCGGCGCACGUGACGGGCGGCGGGCUCGUGGACAACGUGCCGCGCGUCAUCCCCGCCUCCGUGCGCGCGCGCAUCGACGCGCACUGCUGGAACGUGCACCCGGUAUUCGCUUGGAUCGCGGACGCCGGGGCCGUGACCGACGACGAGAUGUUACGCACUUUCAACUGCGGCAUCGGAAUGGUUCUAAUCGUAUCUCCCGAACACCAAGCUGAGGUGAUGAACACGACCCGCGCGUACGGCGCGAUGGUGAUCGGCAGUAUCCAGGCGCGGCCGCCAGGCGGCGCGCGGGUCGUGGUCGACAACUUCAGCUCCGCGUUAGACUUCACCAGGCGGAUGCCGCUCCUGCCCAGGAAGAAGGUGGCCGUGCUGGCGUCCGGCAACGGCAGCAACUUCCAGGCGCUGGUGGACACGUGCCGCGACCCGGCGCAGUGCAUGUGCGCGGAGGUCACGCUCUGCGUGGCCAACAAACCGCACGCGUACGCCCUCACGCGUGCGGCCCACGCGCAGAUACCCACGCUCGUGUUCAAUCACAAAGAUUACGCGUCUCGUGAAGAGUUCGAUCGCGCUGUGUCCGCCGCCCUGGAGGCUCACAAGAUAGACAUUGUCUGUCUCGCCGGAUACAUGAGGAUCCUCUCCGCUGAGUUCGUGCGAAAAUGGAAGGGUCGCCUCAUCAACAUCCACCCGUCGCUGUUGCCGCGCCACCCCGGACUGAACGCGCAGAAGCAAUGCCUCGACGCUGGAGACAGGGAAUCUGGCUGUACCGUGCACUUUGUUGAUGAGGGCGUGGACACCGGGCCGAUAAUAACCCAGGAGCGCGUGCCCGUGCUUCGUGGCGACGACGUGGAGUCGCUGAGCGCGCGCAUCCAGCAGGCGGAGCACCGCGCCUACCCGCGCGCGCUGCGCCUGCUCACCGCCGGCCGCGCGCGCCUCGCGCCCACCGGGGACAUCGUGUGGCACUCG